CGGCAGUGCUGAUAACAAUGGCGAGCGAGAGAAGGGGGCCCGGGGGAUUGUGAGGCAGGAGGAGGGGAGCGUCGGGUGCUCGUGUUUUCAGGCCGCUGUGGUAAGUUUCCCCCUCCGAAUGGCGGACUUUGUAGUCCCUCGGCACAGCGCCGUGAUGGAGCGCCUCCGCCGGCGGAUAGAGCUCUGCCGGCGGCACCACGGCUCCUGCGAGUCGCGCUACGAAGCCGUGGCCGGGGAGAGGCUGGAUCUUGAGAAACAACAGACCUUCCAGCUACACCAGCGCUGCCUGCAGGCCAAGGCCAAGCGAGCCGGCAAGCACCGCCAGCAGCCGCCGGCCAACCAGGAGCCCGGGGCCGGCAGGGGCAGUCAGGCCGGCAACAUGGAUCCUGGAGACGGAGGCGGAGGAGGCACGGGGGAGCAGUGCAGGAACAGCACCCUGAUCGCGCAGCUCCAUGAAACAGUUAAACGGAAACUGGACAGCGCGGCUUCACCACAAAAUGGGGAUCAACAAAAUGGUUACGGAGACAUGUUUUCAGUGCCCAAAAAACUCCGACAUGAUGAUGGACUGUCUGGAGUAAUUGGGUCUUCGAAUGGAAUGCCUCCCGUUUCUCCGCUUCAUCAAAUGGACAGCAAGCCUCCCAAUGGGGAUUCUUUGCAGAUAAACGGGAACCAUUCAAUUGGACUUGAUGGUGUCAAUAAAAAGUGUCUUCCGGAUACAGGCCUACAACUGAACGGAGACGUAGAUGAAUUUGCUCUUUGCUUAGGCAAAGAGAUGAAGCAGGAACCAGUUGAUGAUCUACCUUGUAUGAUCUCUGGAGUAGGGGGUGUCAUGUCUCAAAAUAACUUACCUGACCUAAACCUUAAUGAGCAAGAAUGGAAGGAACUCAUAGAAGAACUUAACAAGUCUGUACCUGAUGAAGACAUGAAGGAUAUUUUUGGCGAUGACUUCGGAGAGAAAAAGGACACAGAUGCCUCAAACUCGGCAACACAAACUCCUCUACCACAAGACAUUCAUAUAAAGAGUGAGUUCUCUCCGGCAACUUUUGAGCAGGAAUCCAUCGGGUCACCACAAGUGAGGUCGGCCUCCUCCGGACCCUAUGUUGGAAACGCUUCGGUGCCUGCUGGCAGUGCAUCUCCCGUAGUGGGUGGCGGGGCACAGACUGUGUUCCAGCCAUCCACUCAGACUGUGACUGAUUCAUCAAAUCAGACUAUGAUGCAAACCUCUAACCAGGCACCAAAUGUGCAGAGACCUCUACCCAAUGUGUUAAUGCAAGGACAGAGCACUGGAACUGCCAAAGAAUUGUCCUCAGCACAUCAACUUCAGCAGAUAGCAGCAAAGCAGAAGAGGGACCAGAUGCUACAGAACCAGUCGCAGGUUCACCAAGCAAAUCAGAUGACCAACUGGCCUCAAUCUAGGUCAUCCCAGAGCCCUUUAGGUGUUCCAUACAACAUGGAGAAGCCGACCAGCCCCUCUGUUUAUCAGCAAGACUUUAACAACCAGAAAAUGAUGAUGCAGAACAUGAACAAGAGUUCACCACGUGGUGGAGGCAACUACAUGCAGCCAAACCAUGUCAACAUGAUUGGUCACAAGCCUCCAAACAAUAUGAACCCUGGCCAGGUUUCUGGUCCAAAUCCAAUGCUGGACUAUGGCAACACCAAACCCCUCUCCCAUUAUGAAGCCGACUGUGGUCCAGGGGUGGCAGCGCAAAAUCAGAGCAAAGCUGCAAUGCUGACAUAUCUUCAGCAACGUCAACCACAGCAAAUGCCGCACAUGACUGAUGAGCAGAGCCAAAUGUUCCUAAUGAAAAGAAAAGCUGGAAUUCCGUAUAGACCUUUAGUACCUCACGGUCAGGAUCAGAACCCCCAGCCUAAUGUCCAGCGUGUUGCUGUCUCAGCACCUGGACCCGGUGUGAGCACACAACCUCCACAGGUCUCUAUGGCUGGUAACCACAGCAAUGGCAACUACCUGAGCAGCCAGCAGCAAGCUGUGAUGAAGCAGCAGCAGCAGCUAAUGAUGGAGCAGAAGCAGAGGGAGCAGCUACUCAUGGAGCAGCAGAAGCAGCAGCAGCAGUAUCAUCUAAUGGGGCAACGACAGCAGCUUCUGGCUGAGCAGGAAAAGCAGAGACACCAACAGGAACAGCAGCUACAACGACACCUGACCAGACCUCCACCUCAGUAUCAGGAUCAGCCUCCGAAUUCAUAUCCGCAACAGCAAGUUGGCCCUUUUCCAGGGUCAAAUUCAGUUAUGAAUCAUCCCACCUCUGGAAGUCCACGCAUGUUUUCACAGACACAGUCCAUGAUCCAGAUGGGUACUGGACAUGCCUCUGUGACGUCCUUGCCAUCUGGUUCUAACCCCCAAGACCGGGCUGUUUCCCAGUAUCCUAACUUGCAAAGUGUGCAGCGUGGUGGAAUGUAUAACAUGGGGUCAGGUCUCCCACAAAUGGUGCCAAAUCAUGCAACACAACCUAACAUAGCGAAUGGACAGCCUCAAAUUCAGAGGCCAACCAACAUGGGUCAAGGAAAUCCUCUCCCUGCUGGCUACGGGCAAAACGUUAUGGGAAAUGCUGGCUUACCGCCUCAGCACAACAAAGGCAUGAACCCUGCCCUGGCAAAGGCCCAGAUGCCAAGAAUGCCCACAACCAUGGCAGCUCAGAACCCAACAUGGCAGCAUCAAGGCAUGCAGAACAUGAACAGUCAGGCCCAAGGAAAUAACGGCUUGGGUGGAUUCAACCCUGCCAGUGCUGGAUUUCACAUCCAGCAGAAUCAUCACAAAAUGGCUAACCAGCAGUUUGGACAAGGCAUGCCACAGGUUGGUCUCGGAUCCAGUCGACCAAUGUCAUCGAUAAACUCUUCCGUCCCUGGUCAGAUGAUGCCAAACAUGGCAUCCCAGCAAAGGACAAAUCCUGCCAGUCAACAGCCAGCCUCCAAACAGCAGGUGCUACCAGUGAUGAACCAAGCAGUACCAGACCUGAAUGCGUUCAACCAGAAUCCGGGACAACAGAUGGCUAACCGAGCCGGUCUCCACUGUAAUCAAAACUACCAGGUGAGAUCAGCCAAUCAGGAUCUGCCGUUUGUCUACGGCAACCAGUCAGGCAAUGGUGCGCUACAGAAUUUAUCUGGGGACGCUGACUUGUUGGACUCGCUACUAAAAAACAGGACUUCGGAAGAGUGGAUGAAUGAUUUGGAUGAGCUGCUGGGGAAUCAUUGAUACUGAGCUGGUUCAUUUUUAUUUUUUAUGACGGGACGUUUUAGUACAUUUUUAUAAAAAAAAAAAAAUUAUAUAAAAACUAAAA